GGCUGCCCUCUUUGCACUGGUCGUGUCCGCCAUAGUCUGUGUGUGUCGUGAGGUCGUCGUGUUGGUCUGUGCUUGACAGAGCAGUCAUCAUGCCGGCGGCGGCGACGAAGAAGGCGCCCGCGGGGCCCAAGGGCCCCAAGAAGAAGACGGUGACUUUCACCAUUGAUUGCACCAAGCCUGUCGAAGAUGCGAUCAUGGAGAUUGCCUCGUUUGAGAAAUACCUAGAGGAUAGAAUAAAGGUUGGCGGGAAGACUGGAGUUCUGGGCAAUCAAAUCAUCAUCUCGCGGGAGAAGUCGAAGAUCAACGUCACUUCGGAGAGCUUGAUGUCCAAGAGGUACUUGAAGUAUUUGACGAAGAAAUAUCUGAAGAAGCACAAUGUGCGGGACUGGCUUAGGGUUAUUGCCUCGAACAAGGACAGGAAUGUCUACGAGUUGAAGUACUUCAACAUUCAGGACAACGAGGCAGAGGAGGAGGAAUGAGAUGGGUUCUGCGGCUGCAUCUGGCUUCGUUUCUGUGUGCUGUUCCUGUGUUCUUUUUCCCGUUCCUUCAUGUGUGGUUGGCCCUCUCCUCCCAUUGCGUCACUCAAUCGGUCGUUCGGUCGUCAAUCAAUCGGUCGUUCGGUAGAUCGAUCGGUCGGUCGCUCGGUCUCUCGGUCGGUCGGGGUGAGUGCCGUUGAAACUGAUCGUUUCUUCCUGAGGAAAUUCGCUGCGACCGAUGCAGUGAGUGCCCUUCUAUCACGCCUCGUUAUCGUGGGACCUUGGCAAUGGUCCUAUUGUCCACGUACCAGGUGCUCUCUCUCUCUCUCUUUGUCGCGUGGGCCUCUCUGACGUGUGACCCUCGGUGGCGGCAUGGUCUGCAGUUGUGUUAUGGUACUUGGUAGUUUCGCAAUUGGGGGGCCCAUAUCGAGGAAAGGAUUUUCUGUCUUUGACGUAAAGAGAACAUUGUGAAGGAAUUUAAGUUUUGUUCGCGAUAUUUGGUGCUUCUUUCUUGCACUCUUGUACUCUCUGUUGGAGAUUUAACUGUCUUCUUGGGAAUGGAUGGAUAUUCUUUUUCGUUUUUUCAAUCUUACAUCAUAUCAAUCAAUAGUUGGGAAUUAA